CGAAGGGUUUUAGAGAAAUGGCGGUUAGGGUUUAGCGAGAGCGUACUUGUUGUAUUAUUUUAGUGGCUCAUUCCCUCUCUGCAAACGGAGGGGAAUAUCGAAUUUUGGCUACUGUGUCGGCCCACGUCUUCUUCUCUCCAAAAUCCCGAACCAACGAACAGUCGUCCCUUUAAAAUCCCCAACAAAGGACAAAAAAAAAGUUAAGAUUUCACAAUGGCGUAGUGGUUUUUGAGAAAUCUCGUUCUCUUUUUGGAGGUUGACAGGAAUUACUGUAUUUUGUGAACUCUUUUCUGAAAACUAACACUGGUUUUUGUGGGAACACAUUUACAAAUUGGAACGGUGGCUUUUGGACUAUGGGAACAUUUACUUGUUGAUGUCGAGUUCGUAUAAAGGUGGUUCAGAACUGUAUUUAAGUUGUGGGAGACAAGAUGAGGCUACCAAGAAAGGAUUGUGUUUUCUGGAGCUAAGACGCACCGGGAUGGUACAGUGGGGUGGGCGAGUUGCGUCAGUUGACCAGCAUGAGAGAAACAACCCUCAAAUUUCAUCCUCCAUUGUCAAAGAAGAGCAAAAGGAGGAUAAACAAGCUAGGAUAGAGGCAGCUGAUGUGUGUUCUGGAAUUCAGAAGAGGAAGCGCCUUAACCUCUGCCAGCUUAGAGAAGCUAGAGCUGCAAAAUGUCUGAAGCAAACUAACAGUCGUAAAGUUAAGCAUGAGAAUUCCAUCCCCUGCAAGAAAGGGAGUUCUAUGUCUAGCAAAAAGGAGAAUUUCAUAGACAGAUGGUCUACAGAGAGGUACAAGCUGGCAGAGAAACGAAUGUUGGAGGUCAUGAAGGCUGAAGGGGCUGUGUUUGACAAUCCCAUUUCUAGGCCAGUACUGAGACUGGCAGCUCGCAAACACAUUCCAGACACCGGACUCUUGGACCAUCUACUGAAGCACAUUGACGGUAAAGUGGCACCAGGUGGGACUGAGCGGUUUCGUCGAUGUUAUAACACUGAAGGGACAAUGGAGUACUGGCUAGAGAGUGCCGAUCUGGUUAAAGUUAAGCAUGAGGCUGGGGCUGCAGAUCCAAAUUGGGUUCCUCCAUCUUGGUGGAAGCCUAGUGGUGUUGCCAUUCGAGAGUAUGUUUCUUCUGGAGAAUCGAUGCUGCUUAAAGAGGAAAUAGCAAAACUAAAGAGGGAUAUGGAUGAGCUGUUAUCAAAGAAUCGAGAGCAAAAUCAAGCUAAUCGAGUAGAGGAGAUGCACAAGGAAUUGAUGAGAUGGAGAAGUAAGACUGAUCAACGCUUGGUAGAGAUUUCAAGUUCUUUGAGUAGUAUGCGGGACAUGUAUCAGGAAUUGAUGAUAUGGAAGUCCAAGACUGAACAGCAGCUUACGGAAAUUUCAAAUUCAUUGAGCAGUAUGCAAGCUUCAAAACAAUGCACAACCUUUAGUCCAGUUUCUGAAAGAUGGGAGGACUGGUUAGAGAGCAACAACUUGGACACUGUUCAGGGGGAUGACUUUGCACCAUGGUUAGGGAGCACUGACCUGGUUAAUGUGGGACAAGAAGCACUGGUGCAGGAAUGUUCAGCUCCACGGCCUUGGUUGAAACCUUGUGAUAGUCCCUGUCAGGAACCCGUUUGUGCUAGAGAGCUGGAACUGCUCAAGGAAGAAAUGGCCAAAGUGAAAAGAGAUGUGCAGGACCUAAUACCCAAGAGGACAGAAGAUGCUCAAGCUAGUGCCACUCCUGAUUCAUCUGUUACCAACAAUUUGAAGUUUGAUCUCGACAACCCAUUUCUUCUUUUUCAGGAAAUGUUCAAGGAGUUGGUGAAAUGGAAGGCUAAGAUGGAGGAACAGAUGCUGGAGAUUUCGAAUUCUGUUAGUAAUUUGCAGGCGUCAAAACAAUAUUCUACCUGAAGCCCUCGAGUAGAAGAUGAAAAAGGGACGGGAUAGGAUUUUAGUUAGUUUAGUUUUGUUGAAAAGUAGUUACAUCUAGAGCAGUAGCAUUAGAUCUUGUACAGGGUUUUACCAGCUAAUAUGAGCUCCAACUGGUUUUGAAUCGUGGAACCAUUGGGAACGCAUCUGACCUUUUGGCCAUUCUAUGAAACUUACCAAACCUAAACAUACAUCUAAUUUGCUUAAUCUAAUCUUGGGCUAUAUAUGAAGAUGUAAUCUUCUAUUGGGUAGAGCCCCUAAAUGAGUUUGUUAUUCACCGUUGCUGGAUGAUAUCUUGGAAUAUGGUUAUUUAUUGGUUUUAACCCUUUGAUAUUGUAAUAUAAACAUAUUUAUUUGCUAUAGUAUAUGGAGUAGUUAUGUUUCUA